AUGAAGUUAUGGGAUGUUUUGGCCACGUGUUUGUUGCUCCUGAGCUCCGUCUCCACACGCCCCCUCUACCAAAACCUUCAGCCUGCCAAAAGAGCUCACUACUCGGAUCGGUACAGUGAUUCUCUGUCCCCGUCUGUGGAGGAACCAGAGCCAGAGUUCCAGUCGGAGUCUCACAGCCUGCAAGAGAUUUCCAUGGAGGACAAAUAUGACAUCACAGGCCCAUAUCCGGACCAGUUUGAGGAUGUAAUGGAUUUUAUCAAGGCUACCAUUGGCAGACUGAGAAGAUCAUCAGAGCCUGCCGGCGGCUCAAAGGGAAGGAGGGAGCAGAGAGAGCAGGGGAGACAGAGAGGAGCAGCAAACACAGACCGAAGAGGGGGAGGGAGAGGAGAGGGGAGAGGAGGACGUGAGGAGAAGAAGGGUCGGGGGCGAGGGGGCAAAGGGAGGAGCAGUGAAAGAGGGGAGCAGCGGAUAAAGCCGGUUGAAGGCCGAGGCUGCUUGCUAAAAGAGGUCCAUCUCAAUGUCACAGACUUAGGGUUGGGCUACCGGACCAAAGAGGAACUGAUCUUCCGGUACUGCAGCGGCCCUUGUUCAGAUGCAGAAACCAACUAUGACAAAAUCCUCAACAACCUCACCCACAACAAGAAGCUGGUCAAGGACACACCCUCCCGCACCUGCUGUCGACCAAUCACGUUUGACGAUGAUCUGUCAUUCCUGGAUGACAACAACGAGGACUACCACAUUCUGAGGAAGCAUUCCGCCCGCAAAUGUGGCUGUGUCUGA